AAACACUAAAAUAUUUUUUAAGGCAUUUCCAACCCAACUGCAUAAUUUACUGUAAAAUAAAUUAAAAAUAUUAUUAUGGAUGAACAAAAAAUUAUUAUUUUAUAAUAUUUUUGUUUUUUCAUGAUAAUAUUUUAACUCUAUUUUGUAGUAAAUUAUGAAGGUCCGAGAUAUUUUUAGCCUCUUCGUCAAAGUUUGUUCACUUGUAAAAUAUUAUUUAUUUUAUUAUUAUACAAUGAACCUUUGCGUGAGAAGGAAGCGAGGAGAUGCUAAAUAUAGAAACUUUGAGGGUCUUGCUUGUUUCUCUAAACUUCAAGGCCUUUCAUUAGUUUGAGGACAUGAACGAGUCAUUCUUUGAGUAUGGUAAAAUUAGUUUGAAAAACUGAUUAGAAAAGAUGAAAUCUCGGAGACAUUUUGUCUCCCAUUUAAGUACUCUUUCUUUGGCCAUGAGUCUUUGUUUGGUUUUGCAACAUGGUCCAAAGAAAUAUUCAAUCUAAUAAUGCUGCAAUCUGAAGGAAAAAGUAAGCAAGAUCUUUGCCUCUGACUCAAUUAUUACAUUGAGAUUAUAAGAGGCAGAAAAGAAAAUCACAAGUGAGACAUAUGUUUGUUGAUUUCUUGGGCAUGUGUACAUCUUUGGCAUUGUUAUCAAGACAAGAACGCACAUGUUACAGUUUUUCUUAGAUAUACAUUUUCUUAGUUUAACAAAAUGAGCAAGGAACAAAGCUAUGUUCUAAAAGCAUGGGAGGUGACCGUGCGAAAGACACAACAAGCCAAGAAGCGAGCAAACAGCGUUUUUGGAACAGUAUCGGUAUCUCCACACACGGAUAACGAUACUUCCACUGAUGAGAACGAUGAUGAUACCAGCACAAACAGGAGCAGCUUAGAGGAAUUUUACCACGCUGAGAGAGUACUACCCAAUGGGGACUACUACACAGGGCAAUGGUACGAUAGCUUUCCUCACGGCCAUGGAAAAUACCUCUGGACAGAUGGCUGCAUGUACAUUGGUGACUGGUACAAUGGUAAAACCAUGGGAAAUGGAAAGUUUGGGUGGCCAUCUGGUGCUACAUAUGAAGGAGAGUUUAAAAGUGGGUACAUGGAUGGUACCGGCACAUACACUGGUCCAAGUGGAGAUGCUUAUAAAGGCCAGUGGGUGAUGAACCUGAAGCAUGGACAUGGUGUCAAGAGUUUUGCAAAUGGAGAUGCCUAUGAUGGUGAAUGGAGGAGAGGUCUGCAAGAAGGUCAUGGAAGGUAUCAAUGGAGUGAUGGAUGUCAUUACACUGGUGAAUGGAAGAAUGGUACCAUCUAUGGCAAAGGGAGCUUUGUGUGGACUAAUGGUAAUAGAUAUGAUGGGUGUUGGGAUGAAGGGUUUCCUAGAGGGAAUGGGACUUAUAAAUGGGAUGAUGGUAGUUUCUAUGUUGGUAACUGGUCUAAAGAUCCAGAGGAGAUGAAUGGUACUUAUUAUCCAUCAGGAAAUGAAGGGAAUCUUGAAUGGGAUCCUAAAGAUUUGUUUGAUAAUUUGAGUGAGUACACUAUAUGCAGCGGGGAGAGGGUUCCUAUGCUGCCAUCACAGAAGAAACUAGCUGUUUGGAACUCUUCUAAGCGUAUAGAGAAGCCUAGAAGGGUGUCAGUUGAUGGGAGGGUGAGUGUGGGUGUAGAUAGAGCGUUUGAGAAGAUGAAUAUGUGGGGGAAUGAAACCGGUGAAGAAGGCACAGAUUUGAGGAAGGAGUUGGAUGCAGAGUUGAUGAGAUUGGAGGCUGAAGGCAUUCAGAGCCUUAAGUCUAGCCCUGUGCCUAUGAAACUACCAAAGGCAGGGAGGAAGCAAGGGGAGACUAUUUCUAAAGGUCAUCGCAAUUACGACCUUAUGCUUAAUCUACAGCUAGGGAUCAGACAUUCUGUUGGAAGACAAGCUCCAGCGGCAUCUCUUGAUCUGAAACCUUCAGCUUUUGAUCCAAAAGAUAAGAUAUGGAGGAGGUUUCCACGUGAAGGAACUAAGUACACACCUCCACAUCAAUCUACUGAGUUCAAAUGGAAAGAUUAUUGCCCACUAGUUUUCAGGAGCUUGAGGAAGCUAUUCAAAGUAGACCCAGCUGAUUAUAUGUUAUCCAUCUGUGGGGAUGAUGCCCUCAGAGAAUUAUCAUCCCCUGGUAAAAGUGGGAGCUUCUUUUACUUAACAAAUGAUGACCGUUACAUGAUAAAAACAAUGAAGAAGUCUGAAACAAAAGUGCUUCUGAGGAUGCUUGCAGCAUAUUACAACCAUGUUAGAGCUUUUGAGAACUCUUUAGUAAUCAGAUUCUUUGGUCUACACUGUGUGAGAUUGAAUGGACCAACUCAAAAGAAGGUGAGGUUUGUCAUAAUGGGUAAUCUGUUUUGUUCUAAGUACUCUGUUCACAGAAUCUUUGAUCUGAAAGGAUCUUCUCUUGGACGCACCACCGACAAACCCGAAUCAGAAAUCGAUUCAAACACCAUCUUAAAAGACCGUGACCUGAGUUUCAUUUUCAGAUUGCAGAAAGCAUGGUACCAAGAAUUCACCAGGCAAAUAGAUAAAGACUGUGAGUUCUUAGAACAAGAGAGGAUCAUGGACUAUAGUCUUCUAGUUGGUAUUCACUUCAGAGAAUCUUCAGUAGCUGGAGAUCUGAUUCCUUCUGGAGCUAAAACACCUAUUGGUGAAUCUGAUGAAGAAGCAUGCCAUCGUCUCUCUAGAGCAGAGGUUGACCAACUACUUUCAGAUCCCUCAAGGUGGGCUAGUAUCAGACUGGGAACCAACAUGCCAGCACGUGCAGAGAGAACGGUGAGGAAAAGCAGUGAUAGCGAGUUUGAGCUUGUGGGAGAGCCAACAGGAGAGUUCUAUGAAGUGGUGCUGAUAUUUGGUAUCAUUGACAUUCUUCAAGAUUAUGAUAUCAGCAAAAAGCUUGAACAUGCUUACAAAAGCAUACAAUAUGAUCCUUCCUCUAUUUCUGCUGUUGAUCCGAAACAAUACUCGAGGCGUUUCCGUGACUUUAUCUUCAAGGCGUUCACAGAUGAUAAUUGAUUGUCUCUGUGCUUUUUAGGUUUCUUGUGUCACAAGAAAUAGGGCUACAUAUAUAAUUUACAUACUUCGGCAAGGGCUCCGCAGCUUGCGAGUAUGAAAUUCCAUUUUGUUUGUUUCAGUUUAUAUAUAUCUUCGUGAUGUUGUAUUAAACUUUGUAAUCAGUUGAAAACCAUAGAAAAUGAAUAUUCUUUUGCUUUCUUGUAUACUGUUCUCUAACUUUUCAUCUUAUGAAAUGCAUAAUUCUUGUAGAGAUAUUGGGUUGAGCGAACAUGGUGGUUGAAAUAAUGUGACAUUCGCAGUAUCAAGUCUGUUCCGGUCUAUCAGAUGUAGUAAAGUAUAUAGUUUCAAGUUUUCGACUAAAAUUUUAUUUUGUUGUUGUUAAAAGCUAAUAUAUUUUGAACGGUUUCAAUAAUAAUAAUCAUAUUGCUUUUCAAGAUAAACUUGCUUUAGUUAAGAGGAAAAUAAUAAUAUAUAUACAAUCAUGUUAACAGAACAUGGCCUGGUGGUAUACACUGAUUUAGAACUGCAAUUGUGACUGCUUCUAUUUAAGUGUAUAUAUAUAUAUAAAUUGCAAGAAAGUAUCUUUGAUGCACCAAUCAAAAGAUUCAAUUCAAAAGACUAAAACUAAACCUGAUUGGUCAUCAUUUUGGCUAUAAAAAAGAUUGUUGAUAAAAUUGAAACUUUCUUGGUCUGGUAAGAGGUUGCUGAACAAGACAGCAGGCAGAUUUUUAUAAAUAUACACAACUUUGGGCAAUGGAGUUACGUAGGUGAUGAUGCUUUCUUUUGUUUUCUUCAAUAAAGAAAUAGAGUAAUAUUCCAAUAUUGUUCUAAGUUAGAAACACUUGCUGUUGUUAUUGUUUUGUGGGUAAGAGUUGAGAAAGAAUCUUUUGUUUUGUUAUGAGAUUUGCCCCCACAGAGGCUCAGAGUCAGAGCACAGUAUAUAAUUAAAUAUGCGACUGUUCAAGCAAAGUUAAUUACAUCCACUAAUAUAGUUUUAUAAGCGAUGAUUACGUAUUCCCAUUUACUUUAGAAAAAUGAUCGACAUCCACACUAACUAUAGAUGAUUACAUAUUUAAAUAACAUUAAAGUACUACUAGUUAUAGCAAUAUGACGACAUGUAUUAAAUAACCUAUGUUUUAUCUGGUUGAUAUCAUAAUUUUUCAAAAUUAUAAACAUACUUUGGUAGCCUAACAAUUCAAUAUUAAAAUCCAACAUAAUUUAAAGAGAAAUCAAUCAUAACCAACUUAACAAAUCUAAAUAAGUUUGACAUAUCAGCUAAAUUAAAUUAGAUUGGUUAAAAUGAAUCAGUUUUAGAAUGAAACAAUUUUUAAUAUUGGAUAAUUAGGUUCCUAUAUUUAGUUUGUUGUUCUGAUAAUAAAGAUAUACUAGAGCUUGAUCCGCGCAUCCGCGCAGGUGUUAGUUUUUUGAUAAAUGAAUAUUUAUUUGUAUAAGUGAUAAUAUAUAUUUUAAAAUUUACCCGUUUAAUUUUUUUUUAAUAUGACAUUUAUAAACAAAAUAAUUUUAUAGUUUAUAUUGAGUAGUUUUAUUUUAUCAUGUAAACCCUUAAUUAUAUCAUCCAUUUAUUUAGAAUACGACCUGUAAAAUCACACAAAUGUAUUUUUAUUUUUUAUGGAUCAAAAUUUUAUGAUUAUAUAUAAUGAAAUUAUUGUAUAAACUGUUUUUAUGGAUCAAAAUUUUAUGAUUAUGUAUAAUGAAAUUGUUGUAUACUAUUUAUUAUGUAUAUGUGGAAUUAGUAAAAUAAUUACCGUAUAAUGUAUGUAAUUACGAAAUGUAUAUAUGGAAUUAAUUAUUUUCAAAUACACAUAUGUAUAAUAAAAAGGAAAAGACAAAAAAUAUUAAAAGUUAGGUUUAUUAAUUAUUGUUGCCAUGAUUUUUUAGUUAGAAUUUGAUUUUGGAAAUACAUUAAUUGAAGAGAAAAGACAAAAAUCCUAAAAGAUAGGUUAAUUAAUAACUUCAGUGGCAUGCCAUUGUAAAUAUAGUGGAAAACUAAGGGAUAAUCUAAUUUUGUACUCCU